UUUUAAACACUAUAUUUGAGAAGACUGGAUAACAGCCUCCUAGCAGGCCACCGGGUAUCUGACAUUCAAGAUGAAGAAAUUUUUGCAAAACAAAAAGGGCAGAUACUCUUUCCGCCAGAGCAAACGGGGCUCUCGGUAUCCAGCCAAAGAUUUCUUCCUCAGCAUGCCGACUUCCAACCAGGGCUGGCCUGAGGAUUUUGGCUUCCACCUUGGUGGUGCUGGACCUAGCUACAUCUUGUCAGUGGAGGAAGGCAGCAGUGCCCACCUGGCAGGGUUGCAGGCGGGGGAUCAGGUCCUGGAGAUCGAAGGCCACAAUGUGUCGACGCUAGGUCCUCAAGCUGUCAUCGCCAUCGCCCAGACUCAGAAGAACAUCCCUCCCAGCAUUGGAGUGGUGUCCCGCAUACAGCAGAUGGACAUCACGCCAGGUCCAGAUGGUCGUUUUGGGUUUACCAUUGUGGGAGACUGCCCCCUACUGGUGGAGGACUGCUCUCCUUGUUCUCCAGCUGGCCGUGCAGGCCUGAGGGCUGGGGAUUAUGUCAUGGAAGUGAACGGUAUCCCAGUCAGGCAGCACGAGAUGGCUGCGGCACUAAUCAAGGCAUCCCAGGGGAGGACACUCCGCCUGGGAGUGCUGUGCCUUGGGCCAAGGCACAAACGGAGCAUCAGCAUAGAGGACAGUCAGAUGGGUGGAGAGGGGACGAGACUGGACCGCAAACACAAGGCUCUGGAGUUCAACAGGAAGGUCGACCAGAUUUUAGGUGAUGAUCCCGAAGUGAAAGAGAGACUCUUCGCUGUGCUGAAGCAGUACGCCGCAGAGAAGAAAGUUGAGUGGUUAGCUUCUGUCCUGCCGGACAUACUCACCACUGACGAACAUCGACAGCUCAUCUCCAGCAUCAGAAUCUUCAUUCCCAAGAAGCACCGGCAGCGCUUUGACGACACCGUCUCCCAGAACGUGAUCAACCGACUCUGCCGCAGCAAGAGCAUCAGCGAGCCGCAUGGCAGAAUCCGUCGCAGUCGGAGCGAGGAUCACUCCGACCGCCACCGCGGGUCCAAACGGGCCAGCUCAGUGCCAAGGGAUGGAGGAGAACCCGGAGGGAGGGGAGAAGCGGAGAGAGACAGGGGCUUAAGAAAGUCCGUCUCAGGGAUACCCGUGCAUCCCCCCAUUGGACCCAAUCAGAGGAUCGUCCGUGUCUACAGGGGGAAGAAGAACUUUGGCUUCACGCUGCGGGGUCACGCUCCCGUCUGCAUCGACUCCGUCAUCCCAGAUAGUCCUGCUGAGGAAUGUGGACUGAAACCAGGCGACCGUAUCCUCUUUCUCAACGGACUGGACAUGAGGAACUGCUCCCAUGAGAAGGUGGUGUCUAUGCUGCAGGGCAGCGGGGCAGUGCCCACUCUCAUGGUGGAGGAGGGUCCAUCUGACUUUUCUUCAGACCAAACAGAUGCAGAUGAAUCCUCUAGUCUGGCCCCCACCACAUUACCGCGCUCUAGGUCUCCUGGUCUCAGUUCUCUGCAGUGGGUUGCAGAGAUUCUUCCACCGAGCAUCAAAGUUCACGGGCGGACUUUCAGCCAGCAGCUGGAGCACCUGCUGACCAUCCAGGAGAGAUACGGUGUCUGCAAAGCUUUAGAGACGUUCUUCCAGCACAGGAACGUGGACACCCUGAUCGUGGACGUGUUUCCAGUGUUGGACACUCCAGCCAAGCAGCUGAUCUGGAAGUUCAUCUACCAGCUGCUGACCUACGACGAACAGGAGCGCUGCCAGGGCAAGCUGUCUCGUUUCCUCGGCUACAAGAGCAACGCAUUAUUAGAGCCUGACAACGGUCCAGAGCACCACCGGCGCAGCAGCUCCAUGCGGGUGACGGGGUCGUCGUACCGCAACAACGUCCGAGAGAGGAGCUCCGAUGACUGCAUCAUCGGGACUCACCUAGGAAUGGGAAUUCAUAUCGAUGAAUCCGGGAGCCCGGAGGAGAGGCAGUCAGGAGAUGGAACCUCCUUCCCCGAGUCCCCUGACCUCAAUCAUAUGACAGGUGUGUAUACGGAGCUGGAGAACGUGUACGCAGGAAAGAGUGUGCCUCCACUGCAGUGCGGCUCCUCACCAGAGCCCGAGAGCCCUCUCUCUCCCCUCACACUCCCCACCCUCACAGGUAAUCGUAAAUCUGGCCUGUCCCUGUCUUGGAAGGAGCCUCUUCCCACUCCCGUGUAUGAAAUCCACCAUCAAAGCAGCAUAGACUCCAACCCUUAUGUCAGUCUGGAGAGCCCCCCGGCCUCCCCUCAUCACUCAGACAGCGGCCACAACGUGCUGACCCACCGCAAAAAACUGUUCACCUUCUCCCGGCCGCCACGCAGCCGAGACACAGACAAGUUCCUGGACUCCCUGAGCGAGCAGCUGGGCCACCGGGUCACUCUGGUGGAUGACUUCGUGCCUGGGGAGAACGACUACGAGGAGAUGAGCUUCCAGGAGGACCAGGAAAUCGGCUUCAUGCCUCGGCAGCUCAGCAGCGGCAGCAGUGAGGGUCACAGCAGCAGCGACGAGGCCUCCUCUCCCUGCUACUCCUCUGGAUCCGAACCGAUCCCACCACCUCACCCAAAGCCCCCGCCUCCUCCACCCUUGCAGGCUCUCAUACCCCCUCCCAUUCCGUUUACCGACCCUCUCCCACCAGUGCGCUUCUCGCCCGAGCACGUGCCCCGCAGCCGGAUGCCCUUCCAACCGCACCACCCCAUCAUCCCUCCUCCUCCACCCCCUCCGAGGACCAUCCUGUCCAGCCGCUCUCCCCUACACAAAAAGCACCCGAGCAGAGACGAAAAUGAGAAGACUCUCCAGCGCUUCCAACCCACCACCCGCCUCGGCCACACAACCCUGACCUCCACCAAAACCUUGCGCUCCCGCCCCACCUACCUCCCACGACAGUUCAGCCAGCCCCAGCCUAUCCGCCAGCCCUCCCCGCAGCCCUCCCCGCAGCUGCUGAGGCCGAGCCAACUCGUCCUGCAGAGGCACCACCAGCUCCACCACCAACACAGCUACCAGGGCCCACUGCCGCCGUCCCUCCAGGAGCACAGCCCAUCCCAAUGUCAGAGCCAGGGCCACGCGGGCUCCUCGCUGCUCUCGCAGCCUCCAACCUCUCACUCCACCCUCCCCAGUCACAUAAAGACUUUGGAAACCACAAGGCAGGAACACCACACAUCAAAACAGGCUCCACCACCACCUCCUCCACCAUUGCCUCCUCCUUGUGACCCACCUCCGCUGCCCAAGCCGGGCCAGCAAGCCUCAGACGCUAACCACAUGAGUGUAAAGAGGCUCCGCUGGGAGCAGGUGGAGAACUCUGAGGGAACAAUAUGGGGUCAGCUCGGGGAGGAUUCGGAGUAUGACAAGCUCACCGACAUGGUGAAGCACUUAGACCUGGACCUGCACUUUGGGACUCAACGCAGAUCCAAGCCAGCCUUCCAGCCAGAGAACUUAAAAAAGAAAGACGUGGUGGAGAUUCUGUCUCAUAAGAAAGCCUACAAUGCCUCCAUCCUCAUCGCCCAUCUGAAAAUCUCCCCCGAAGAGCUGCGUCAGGUGUUGAUGAACAUGACCACCGACAGGCUGGAGCCGGCCCACAUCAAGCAGCUGCUGCUGUACGCCCCAGACGAAGAAGAGGUGAAACAGUACGAACAGUUUGAUCAGGACCCGGGCAAGCUGAGCGAGCCGGACCAGUUCAUUUUCCAGAUGCUAAUGGUGCCUGAUUAUAAGACUCGCCUGCGGAGCCUCUACUUUAAAACGACCCUACAGGAGAGGACGGAGGAGAUGAAGAUCGCGUACGAUUACAUCUACAAGGCUUCAGUGGAGCUGAGGAGCAGCAAGAAACUAGCCAAGAUCCUGGAGUUUGUUCUUGCAAUGGGAAAUUACCUGAACAACGGGCAGCCGAAGAGCAACAGGACGACCAGUUUUAAGAUCAACUUCCUAACUGAGCUAAGCACAACCAAAACAGUAGACGGGAAAUCCACCUUUCUCCACAUUUUGGCCAAGUCUUUGUGCCAACACUUCCCAGAGCUGCUCAGCUUUCCCAGAGACCUCACAACAGUGCCUCUGGCAGCUAAAGUGAACCAGAGGGCCAUUACAACAGAGCUGAGUGACCUUCACUCCACCGUGCAGGACAUCAGGGCAGCCUGUCAGAAGAUCCAGUCUACCCCUGACGACCACUUCACUUCAGUCAUGAGUACUUUCCUGGAGAACAGCCACCCUGCGAUCCAGUCUCUGGAAUCUUUGCAGACCAGAGCCAUGGAGGAGUUCUCCAAGGUGGCCUCCUACUUUGGAGAGGACAGCAAGUCCUCCAGCACAGAGACCUUCUUUGGCAUUUUUUCAGAGUUCGUAUCCAAGUUUGAGAGAGCUCUCAGUGAGAUCCAGACUCCAGAAAACCCCAGAAGCCCCAGACUGUCUUCCCCUUUGGCCUGGUAGAAGCAAGAAAUGCGGGCAGAUGUCGGGCCAAACCGAAAAGGCCGGCUGGCUCAGUUUUCACUCUGCUCUCCGUAACCAAAGUGCCAAGCUCACACGCAGACACUCAAACCAACGGGAACAGAGACCACGUCAUCUAUAGCAAACACAAUGGAAAUGCGCUGUAUCUGUAUGUAGAUAAACCACAAGUUAACGAGUGCCCCGUGUGCAGCAGUGCUAUUACUUCAGGUGCUGGUAGAGCAGGACUAUUCAGGUGUCCACAGAUCAAUAGGAACUCCACAGCACGCACGCAAUACUCCCGCCAGUUAUUAACAUUAUUUACAUCUCUUUUUAAUGCGCAUUAAUUGGUAAAUUUGUAAAGAUUGUUAGAAGGAAGCCUUUUAAGGACCUUGAUUGUGAUGCUGCAUUAAAGUGAGGUUUAAGCAAUGACAACAACUGGUAUGACUAUUUACAUGUUUAUUAUACGACUAUAUAAAGUUUAUAUUUUCUAUCAGAUCAUAUUUGAAAAUUGUAAAGACGAAGCAUAAAUGUAGGCUGAUGACAGUUAUCUGGACUCAAGAUGACUGACAGGUGUAGUUCAGUGUUAGUGUUUGAUGGUGCGCUCACUGCCUCCCAUACAGCAGGAUAUAUUUUAAACAUUCAGAAAUAGUAGACGGUAGGAGUUUUUAAACAAUUUAUGUCCAAAUUGUGAAUCUAGAACAUAAAUUGUAUGACUUGUAGUCAUAUUUAUUUCCUUUACUGUGAAUUUAAAUGACAUCUAUGAUGAAAAUCCUAUUUUUUUUCUCUCCUGAUAGAGGCGAGUUAAAGUCACACACACCCAGCUCUGGUCCUAAAGUGUUGAGGAUCUGAUGUCUAUGGAAGCAAAGCAAGGGGCUAAAAAAUUUAAGUGUUAUUAAUAUUUUAAUUUUUCUUCUUCUUGUUAUUAUUAUUAUUAUUAUUAUUAAAUAUGUUAAAAUAACUCAAACCAAAUGUCAAAAUUCAUCUUGCAGUAAAGAAAAAAAUUUGUCAUUUGAACAAACAAACAAACAGAUGUGAAGAGAAUUCUUUGGCCUGCAUCCUUUAAGGUUACAUUGUUACUUAUGUCACUCAAGUGUAAAAACUCUACCAUGACAGCUCGCAAUCAAUUUUUCGCCUUUGAAUUGUUGCGUUGAAGACUUGGAUGGAAAUAAAACGGCAGUAAGAUGGAGUCUGUCUGCUAUCAGUUUGCGAUUGAAGGGAGUCAAGCUGGCAAUCACAUGAAAUCUGUUGAUGUCCAAAUUCACAUAAAACAAAAAUUAACUACUUGUAUUCCCAGUCCAGCCAGAAGCCCAUAAAUUCCUCCACCACUGGUGACGUAGUUGCUGCAGGUUGGUGAUUUAACUGCAAAUCAAAUAGGUGCUGGGCAACCUUACAAGAAGAUAAACAGAAUACAACCAAUUGGCAAACAGUUGAGUCGAGUUCCCUACUGCAAAGAGACACCUCACAGAUGAGUUGUGCACACUGGCAUAGACUGACUCAGAGUCAGUGUAACGUGCAAUCUGUCUGCGUUUAUAAAUUAGAUGCAGACUGCAAUUGCUUGGAGACAUGUUGCCUCACACCAGGCAACCAGUCUCCAAACAAUUGCAGUCUCCUUGUGACUCCUCAGCAGCUGGUCACUGCAACUUACAAUCCAUUGCUACAUGGGAAACAAAAUGUUAUUGCAAUUCAGUACAAUCACCGGGCAAUUACCAGUUUCUUUUCUAGUCGCAAGAAUUAUCGUCUCAUUUUUACUCUAGUGUGACUAAGUCAUUAGUAUAUCUAAUACAAAAUGCAAAGAUUAUCUAAAUGAAUUUAAAAGAUUCUAAAGCAACGACUAAAAAUGUGAUAUUUAAAUUUCAAUAAUAGGGAUUAUGCUGUGAUUACGAUCAUUUAUUCAGUUGGUCAAUGACACAUUAGUCACUGAGCUGGGUGAUCAUGGCUGAUUUCUCUUGAGCGGGGAUGACAUACGUCACUCCAUGUCUCCACGCAGUACACCUGGACUCACCAUCAGAAAACACAUCACCGUCCAAAUGCAGCCCGUUUGCAGCCGAACUAAAGCCUGUGAACAUCCACUCGGAUUCAUCCAGCAUCGCUGCUGUUCUCCCUGUGAGGACUCGGUGGAAUCCACAUUCAUUUGCACAUUUGUUUUGAGUGUUCCGAGCGAUGUUUUGCAAACAAUGCUGCACCUUUUACGGCCCGCCAUCUGCACAUCGUCAAAUUCUGUAGUUUCAGAGCAUGUGGGUGAUUAGUGUCCUUUUUGUUGUUGGCUGUACUCAAAGGUGAAAGCCAGCUUCAUUGUGAAGCGUGAGCUGUUUGCUUCUGGCAGAGAGGACGGCUAAUGGUUGUGCACUUUGUCGAGCCUUUCUAGUGUUCUGAACGCAUCUCUGCUCCAACAAGUGGGCGGCCUCUGGAUGAAUGCGCGUCAAAGGGAUGUGCGGGGAGGAAAAACACACUGUAAAUGGACAUUUCCUGCUUUUCUGGUUGUCAUGGUGAUGUCAUGACUCCUCUACAGUACAGUGUACCUGUAGCUGUGUUGUAUUUCUGUUUAUGAACUAUUGAAAUUGUAAAUUCAUUGUUUUUUGCUAUGCACUGCUCAUCAUUUCUUUCUUUUUUCUUUCUUUUUUUAAAAAAUUGUAUUCCCCUGUCCUCCAAGUCCCAGUUCAUUUUCUUAUUCAAGAGUGUCACCAGGAAAUUACCGUUUUAUUUAUUCUUAAUGCAUAGCUUUAGUCAGGCUCACGAGGUGACUGUGACCUUGUAAAAAAAAAUAAAUAUAAAUAAAAAAUACACUCCUAGCUGCUACAGGUGUAGUAACGGUGUUUCUCGUCCCCGUCAUUUGCAUGUCGGUGCAGUUAAUGUAUAAAAGAUGUGCAGCUGGUAGCAUUUACCCUCCCUGGAUAUUUAGGUUUAAAUACACUUCAGUUAGUCUAGUUAGGUUAACUUAUUGGUUCUCUUUUAUAACUGUUUUAUAUGUUUUCAUGAAAAGUUGCUCAUGUUUUGUGAUCAUUUUACCUUUCUGUUUGCUUUCAGAUGGAGGAUAUGUUUAAAAUGUUUUAAAUAAAAAAAAAA